AGGGAUGACUCGAAUUUUCUUGAAAAUGCUUUCUCUGCGUGCAAGGCUAAGCCAACCAACCUCAUCGAUCAUCCCGUAGGGGAAUCCCUAUCAUUACUCUCUCUCUCUCUCUCUAUCAUGGGGAUUGCUUUAUGUAUAUAUAUCCACAGAGAGGUGGCUCUACUUCCUCACUUCUGCAUGACUGCCUAAUACAUCUCUUGUUUUUCUUCCUUCAAACUCCUUUCUCAAGCCUCUCUCUUCCUCUCUUUCACUCUCUCUCACAGACAACCUCAGAAAACAUAGCAAAUACAAAGACUUGUUACAAAUACAAAGAUUUGCAUGGGAUGGAUCCUUCAAGUGCACAACACCAGGAAAUGCCCGACCAUAUGCUGGAAAACAUGAUGGUAUGUUUAAAAGGACAGCCUGACAGCAGGAAGCCAAGGCCACAACCAGAGCAAGCUCUAAAAUGCCCGAGAUGUGACUCCACAAACACCAAAUUUUGUUACUACAACAACUACAGCCUCUCUCAGCCACGCUACUUCUGCAAAUCAUGUAGGAGAUACUGGACCAAAGGAGGAACAUUGAGGAAUGUCCCAGUUGGUGGAGGUUGCAGGAGGAACAAGAGAUCUUCAUCUUCAUCAUCAUCAGCAACAUCAUCUUCAUCAUCAAAGAGAACCCAAGAUCAACAGCCAGCCAUGACACCAAACAUGACCAACCCUAGUCUCGGAGCCGGCUUCCCAUCCCUAAGUUAUGAUUCUCCCAAUGACCUCAGUCUUGCAUUUGCUAGGCUACAAAAACAGUCAUGUGGGCAGCUGGCUUUUGAUGAUGAGCAAGAUUUUCCCAUGGGAAAUGCUGCUGGCUUUCUUGGUUCUCUUAGGAAUGGCUUUCUUGACAACCAGAGUGUUUUUCCGAAUAUGUAUUAUAAUGGGUAUGAUAAUAAUGGGAGCUUGGGAGAGGCGGGCAUUAAUGGUGGUGAAGGCGUUGGGAUUAUUCGAGAAAUGGCCGCUCUGCAGCCAUACGAAGAACUGGGUAAUUAUGCAGCAGCAACGGCUGUGACAGUGACAACCAUGAAGCAAGAACUGUGCAGCAGUGGUAGAGAAAAUGAGAAUCGAGUCUGGUGGGGAUUCCCUUGGCAGCUAAAUGCGAAUGGAAUGAGCAUUGAUGCUCUUGAUUCGGGAAGAGAAAGCUGGAAUGGAAUUGCUCCAUCUUCUUGGCAUGGCCUCAUUAACAGCCCUCUAUUGUAGGUACCCUGGAAGUUCUUAAAAAGGUAUGCAGGAGACAAAGAAAGCCAUAGAAUUUCCUCUCUUAUUAGAUUCAAAUAUUAGUUUUUUUAGUCUUUUCGGUUGUGUUAAGAGAGAUCUGAUUCACCAGAAUCGAUCAUCUCUAUCUGAAUUCGUUUGUAUUUUUCCUUUCAAUAUUCCCUUUUCAUUUCGGGUUCCUUUUAUUGGUUGAUAAACUUAUGAAAUCUCAGAUUUGUUUGCUAA